AUGUUUAAAAUACUUUUAUCCUUAUCCGUAUCAAUUUUAAUUCUUUAUGGACUAAGUAUUGAAGUAUCUGGCGAUGAUCCUAAUCAAUGGCCAUAUGUCGAACAAACAUUUGUAGCUGGUGAAAUUCAAUCGCCGAUUAAUAUAUUAUCGAAUUAUUCUUAUAACGCCAGUUUAUCAAGUUUGUUAUACUAUCGAUAUUGGCGCGAAGAGAGCGUUGAAAUUAAAAUAAGAAACAACGGACGUGCACUUCAUGUUCAUAGUUUACGUGAUGAAACGAGUAGUAUUACAGCGCAUAUUACUGGUGGACCAUUAUUUAAAAAAAAAUAUACAUUUUCUCACAUUCAUAUAUAUUGGGGUGCCGAAAAUGAAGUAGGAAGUGAACACCAAAUCGAUUCUCAGGGUUAUCCAAUAGAAGUUCAAAUGAUACAUUAUAAAAAUGAAUAUGGUCAUUACGGAAAUGCUAUAAUGUAUACUGAUGGUAUUUGCAUUAUUUCAUAUUUUGGAAACAUAUCAGAUCAAGACAAUCCAAAAAUGAAUAAUUUUCUCACAGCUGUGCAAUCCGUUCAAAUUCCCGGAUAUAGUUUUAUUUCAACAUUUGAUGUUCACUUUCAUUGGUUGAUGGAUGUAGCUCAAGACUAUUGCUACUAUGCUUACCCGGGAUCAAUAACUUCAUAUCCAUUUACUCAAUGUGCCACGUGGAUUAUUUAUGAGAAUACAUUCGAUAUUAGCCAAAAACAAUUGGCAGUUUUUCGAACAUUAAUUGGAACCGAUGGAAAUUAUUUAACAAGUAUAAACGCUAGAAUGAUGCAACCAUUUAAUAAUCGACCACUUUGUUAUGUUUAAUUUAAAUUCAUUAAUAUGUACCUUUGCAAAAGUAUAUUAUGAUCGAGAUAAGAUGAUUAAAUAAAUUCAAUAAACUAUAACAUGUUAAUUUAUUUACUUGUAUGGUA